AUGGCCGCCGAGAAUCUUGCGCCGCGGGCUCUACCGCCACCAUUGUCCAUGCCCGCUCCAUCAUCACGGCCAGAGCGGGACCCUUCCGUCACGCACUCUCCGUCCGUUCUUGCCGCACCCGUCGGCCUCGGAGCACACCCCGUCACACGCUCUUCUUCGCACCAGCAACAGUAUGAUCCGUCUCUGGAUCCUGCCAUCAAGCAACUGCUGGACCAGCAAGCCGAGAUUCAGGCCAGGCUGGCUGCUCUGCUUCCGCAGAAGUAUGGCCCUAAUGUCAAGCUCGAGCUUGACAUGCUCCGGCACAAGUUCCGUGUGCUGCGGGCAUACGCCGACGACCAUCAGUUAUCCGGCAGCAUUACCCCCCUGUCCGAGAUCGAGGAGGCGAGAGCACUACAGUAUCAGUGCGAAUGCAUUGAAACGGCCUGUCUAGAUCAAGGUAUCGACCUCCAGGACCCCGGGUUCUUGGAGACACUUAAGUCCCACUACUACCGGGACUUAGCCCCCCAAGGCUAUGCGGCCUGGCUGGAACGGAACUUUGCCCAGUACGACCCCGUUGCGAGGGCGUUACGGCUGAAGGACAGCAUGCCUCUAGAUUUCCGCAACAGCCAUUCGUUCAAGUGCUGGGACGACCGGUGUAUGCACUACAUCUAUGGCUAUCCCCACCGCGACGACCGCGAUCAACACUCCCGGGAACAUGUUGUCCCGCGAAAGAGAGACUCGGGUCUCUCUGUUGGAGCGAGCACGCCGCCUCUAUCGUUUAGCGAACAUCCAAACCGACAUCACGGGCCCGAGUACAGUAAACAGACCAAUUCGCCGCUCUACCACCUUCCUCGCCCCGCCGGGGGCUUCCAACUCGCCCCUUUGGCAACGGGUAGCAGCCAGGGGAAAGACAAUCGUGAAUCAUUACGAGGCUACUCCUUUGUGCCCGAGCAUCCCACAACCGCACCGCGUAGCUCUAUGGACUCCGAGGUCGACCCAUUACUACCACCCCUGAAGCGAAGCCGCAUGGGACAACCGCGUCUCGAAUCCAUCGAGGAGCUCCGUCUCCAUCGCGAUAUCGGGCCCUGCUUGCGUUGCAGGGUAUUACAACUACAAUGCGAUUCCAACGACCCGUGCCGAUCCUGUCCGGAUGCCGCGACCUCACCAGGGACGGAUUUCUGGAAGGUUUUGGGCUGCCAACGCGGCCCACUAACGGCUUUUACUGAAGUCAUGAUUCCCGCGUUCCUGGGCCCAAGGCAUGUGCAGACGCCCAUGACAUCCCCCCUCGCCGUCCGCCGCAACAUGAACGACGCUUUGGAGCGAGUGUUUGCGAUACCGCUCGAUAUUGCCAUGAUGGUCAAGGGCCACUUAGAUUUUGACGACGGGUUUUGGUGGACCGAAGACCUCUCCCAGCUACCGCCGCCCCACCCGGCCCGGGCCUCCUUUCACAAGGACGCGAUGGAGCGAGCGCCGCCACUUCUUGGUGUGCUCGCCGCGAGUUGGAAUAUGAGCCAGACCACGUACAGCUUCUGGUCAUUGCUGAAGUUGACGGGCGCGCUCGCACCCAACCGAGACGUAGAAGAUCCCAUACUGUACCGCGCCAAGUUGUUACUUCGAGAAACGCUCUUCUACGACCUACAGCAGCCCGACCCGACCAUUCACGCGGAGGCAAACAGCUCGACGUCGCACAUUAUAUUCGACGAUGCCGAUUCGUAUGGGCGUUUCCACGUGCUCUGCGGCUGCAUGACCGAGUUCCUGCACGCCUUGGACGAGCAGAUUGCGCGCCCGGGGCCGCUCGAGCCGAAACGCUGGCUCGCAGCCUUUUGCGCACUCUGCAUUUUCAGCAUGGUGAGGACGAUCCUCGUGGACAGGGCCACCAACCUACGCGCUGGCUCGCUCCAGCAUGACGGGAUUAUGGCCAUGCGUGCUGUGUACGAAGCACUCGUCAGCGCCUUUGCCUGGUCUACGCCCAUGCUCCUUGAUAGGCAGGAUGUAGACCUGGGGCAUGAAGAUCAUGAGCUGCUGCUUUCUGCCGGCGCGCUCUUCAGGCGACACGCGUGGGCGGUGAGCGGCAUUCCGUCCUCCAAGAGGUUUCUCCUGCUCCUCGGCAGCGGUGAGCUAGACGGAGCGUUCUACAACGGCUUUAUCAAGCCACUGGGGCCAGCAAGGUCGGGCUCGUUUGUUCUGCCGCCCAUCACAAAACCAGGAGGCGAGGACUCGAGGAAGCCGCUCCCGGAUAUGCGGCCGCUGAUCACUAGUUGGGGGGGCGCUCACGGACAUCCGGAGAGGGAAAUGUACGUGUUCAAGGGAGAACCCGACCGCAUGCUCACAUCGCCCCAGACGAUGGACCCUGGAAGGCGACACACGGUUCCAGAGAGCCCGACGUUUAUGCGGCAUCCAGGGCGUGCGCCGACUUCACCCGUUGCCACGUCAAGAAUGCGAUCAUCGUACCAACGACCGCCGCUGCGGCGGGUGUACUGCACCAAAUGCAACGAGUAUCCUGAGGGAUUCCGCGGAGAACACGAACUGCGGAGGCACAACGACGCCAAGCACGCCGCGCUGGUCAAGCGAUGGGUCUGUACGCAACCGCCAGAGCCGCCGGGCUCGCCGCAGCCGGUGAUUCCGCUGGCCAAAUGCAAGGCCUGCGUCACGCAGAAACGAUACGGGGCCUACUACAACGCGGCGGCGCACCUCAGGAGGGCGCAUUUCAAUCCCCAUCGUGGCGGCAAAGCGAGCGGCGACUGGCCGCCCAUGUCGAUCCUCAAGGACUGGAUGCGCGAGGUGCGCCAGUCGAUCGAUGUGCAGGACCCGGACGAUGCGUCCAGCGGGGAGGACGAAGCGGCUGACUAUAAGGCGUUCCAUGAUUUCAUACCUCCGCCACUCCGGCGGUCGCCCGUGCCCGAGGUUCCCCGUCUAGCUCCAGCUCCAUCUGGUCCUCCCACGCCUCAUGGACCACCUCCACCACACGGCGGUCCCCCACUAUUAGCGCCAUCACUCGAUCGGCUCAACCCGAUCGGUCCUCCUCCUCCUCCGCCGCCGAUGCUUCACCAAACGAACCAGAGCCAGAUGCAGAAUCAAAACGCUUUCCUAGCGCCGACACCGACCCUAAAGAGCGACGAUGCCCAACACACGUCCACCGCGACCUCCACUUCCUCGUCGUCUACCCGCAGCCGUUGCCCGCAUCCGGAUUGUGGGCGUGUGUUCAAGGACCUCGCAGCGCACAUGCUGACGCACAUGGAGGAGCGGCCGGAGAAGUGCCCUAUCGAGAGCUGCGAGUACCACACCAAGGGGUUCGCGCGCAAGUACGACAAGAACCGACACGCGCUGACGCAUUACAAGGGAACGAUGGUGUGUCCGUUCUGCCCGGGCACGGGAACAGCGUAUGAGAAGGCGUUCAACCGAGCGGACGUGUUCAAGCGCCACCUGACGGCGGUGCACAAUGUCGAGCAGACCCCGCCCAACAGCCGGAAGCUUAUUCUGCCGCCGGGCCGCGUCGGAGGAAUGGCUGCGCGGUGCAACAUCUGCCAGAGCCAGUUUGGCACGGCACAGGAAUUCUACGAGCAUCUGGACGACUGUGUGUUGAACGUCAUCGUCCCUUCUACCCCGCGGGCGGGUGGAAGUGUGGGUGGGAGCGGGAGUGGGAGCAACAGCGCGGUGACGAGGAAGGAUUCCACGACGACAAGGACGCCCACGACAGCGAGCACGGAGAAGGGCAAGGAGCUUGAUAUCGAGAUGGACAGGGCGAGUUCGCGGGAGCAGACCACGCAGCCGCGGGUCGGGUCGGUGGAUCAUGUCAACAGCAGCUUUGGCGCGCCAGAACAGCGGGCGAUGCCGGGGCCGUCUCGGAGCGAGAGGGAUGAUGAUGCGAUGCGGGUUGAUCAGCAGCAGCAGCAGCAGCAGCAGCACAUUGAACACGAACAACGAUUCGAGCCACGACCAGCGCCGUCACAUCCCCUAGGAGGUACUCCAAUUCCUCCUGCGACAGAUGCUCGUUUCCACGAAACAUCAGCCGAGCCAGCCCGCGAAUCUCCGUCCCAGCCCCAGCCCCAGCACGAAGCCGAAGCAAAACCCGCACUGGGAGUCGCCGCGUCGGAAACAACCUCUUCACGCCCCGACGAAGCCAUGGAUAUUGAGCGAACGGGCAGCACGAGCACAAGCACAGAACAGUCGCAGCCGCCCGUUCAACUCGGCCAGCCCCUGACGCCACCGAGUCUAGACGCGCUGGAGCCGAAACGGCCGUUGCUGCAGCCGGAGGUGACGCUGGGGUCGCCGGCGACGGAUGCGGUGGAUGGGGAUGCGAUGGAUACUGAGCCGUAG